ACUUCAGUCUACCUCGAGAACGCGAUACAGUCGGGACCUUGAGGAUCCUCCUUGAGGGUCAAGGCUUCUUCCGAUUCUACGUCGAUCUCUUCUCUCGAUCGAAAGAGGAAGAAAAAAGGGAAAGAAAGAUUGAAUGUUCUGAAAGAAUCUAUAAGAAUCGAGAUCGAUCCUCGAGUUAAGAUCCUCCGAUUUAUAUCGAUCGAAUUUAUCGCACGACUAGGGUGAUCUUAAGAGAAGAAUUCUUACGAAGAGGUUAUUAUUCGAAUCGUCCAUUUGAUCCGACGAAAUUGCAACGAUAAGAGUACAGUAUAAUAUCGACGUAGAUCAAUUUAGAAAAAGGUAGAGCCCCUCUUCCGACCUUUCGAAUCUCGUUAUCUCAAUAGAAAAAACUGUAGCACGUGUACAAUUUGUCGGAAAAUAAAUUGGCAUUCGGCCAAGGCAAAGACAAAGAGAGAAAGAAGAGGAGUUUCCUCGGAGAUUGCGGAGGGUUGUUGCUCAGAAUCGGGGGACGUUGUCCGUUGUUGCCCGACGUCGGAGCCGGAUGUUCGCACGGACAAGACGCCGAAAGCGCUGCCAUUUUGGAGAGCAAAAUGUUCACGGCCGUGAAAAAGUUCCUUACGACAUCCCCUUUGGUUAACAAGGUCAAGUUCCUGAUGACGAGGCAGAACAGUGGGGUGGUAGGAAAGACUGGCGGAGAGGAAAAAACGGGGGAAUGUCCUUCGAGGAUGUCUGUAAGAACGACGACAAUCGUAUCGACAACGCAGACGACGAUGACGACGGCGACAAGAACAUCGGCGAUUACGUCGCCGCCAUUAUCCGUCCUUUCGAAGGAAUCGGACACGAUCGUUCCGUCUAUCGGUUCGACGGAGUCGCAGAUGCAAGUGCAAUCGCAAGUGCAGGUGCAGGAUGUUAAAGGAGAGAACAGUGGUGGAAGCGACGUAGCUUUCCCGUCCUCCUCCUCUUCCUCGUCCACCGUCGUACCGAUGACGGACCCUACGAAAUUGUCCUCGAAUGCUCUCAUGUCGUUUCCAGCUUCACCCCAGAAAUUGGCUGCUCAACCGAGAAAGAUCACGGCUAUAACGAAGUCUCAGAUGAGGGAGUUUAGAGAAGCAUUUAAUCUCUUCGACAAGGAUGGCGAUGGAAAUAUUACGAAAGAAGAACUCGGACGAGUGAUGCGUUCCUUGGGACAAUUCGCCAGGGCCGAGGAAUUGAAUACGAUGCUGCAGGAGAUCGACAUCGACGGCGACGGGACCGUAAGUUUCGAGGAAUUCGUUGAGAUCGUCAGCAACAUCGGCGACGAGAAUUCCGGAACUUUGGCGGAUCAGGAUCAAGAGGAGCAAGAGUUGCGGGAUGCUUUUCGCGUCUUCGACAAGCGUAAUCGUGGUUACAUCACCGCCUCCGAUCUAAGAGUCGUUCUACAAUGUUUAGGCGAAAACUUGUCGGAAGAAGAAAUCGAGGAUAUGAUCAAGGAGGUAGACGUUGACGGAGACGGCCGUAUAGAUUUCUAUGAGUUCGUUCAUGCGCUCGGUGAGCCUGGUAUAGAUGAGGAUGAGGAAGAUGAGGAAGAAGAGGAAUCGCAGUCUCCGACAUAACGAGUCUUCUCGAUCGAAGAAAUCGCACCAAGAUUGAGGAUCGUCGAUCGUCGAAAGGAAUCGUUUUCGCAACGAUUCGUCUUUUAUCUUUUUUUCCGUAUAUCUGUCUCUCUCUCUCUCUCUCUCUCUCUCUCCUUCGCACUGUUGUAAUUAAAAAUACUAUGGGCAAUUUAACUUUAUCCAAUUAACAAAACAGAAUAUCGAUCGUCGAACGAUUAUUUUUUCUUGUGAAAUUUAGCACGGUAGAAAGUAGCGGCCAUCAAUGAUUUUGGAUGUCGCUGCAAUGUUUUUUCCAAUUCGAUGGAUAGCACUAUUCAUUGACUAGCACUAUCAAUGAUAAAAGGAAGAGAGAAUUCUUCUAUGUGAUUCAAUACGUUUUCUUUGUUGGUGCGAACGAGAGAAAAUAUUAAUUAAUAAUAUAAAAAAUAAGAAAGUUCUUGGCCAAUGGCAUCGAUAUGCAUGCACGCAUAUAAGUAUUUCGAAUAGAAACUCAAAGUGGUUUCUUUAAACUUUUCAUCGCACCAAAAAGCAUUUUAUUCUCGACGGUGAUCGUGUCGUAUAUGUAAUAGGUCGUAAGCUCUAGGUUAAUGUCUUUUCUCCAGCACACACCACUCUUGGAGUUUCUAUUUCGAGAUUGAUCGACGUGAAAUAAGAUACGCGAAUAGUCUGUUCCUCGAAAUCUCAUCGUGGGAUGCCGAUAAGUAAGUGACUUUUGUGCUUGGUCAUAGCAUCUCUUUUCCAAUUGUCUUCAAAUAAAGAUAAUUCCAAUCUUUUUAAGUAGAUAAGUCGAUCGAUGUAAUCCGAUUCGAAUUCGCCCGGGGAAUCAAUCGAUCGUCGGGAACGAAAGAAAUGAUCGUUGAUCGUCGAGAAAUAUUUGGUAAAUCAGUUUUCAAUGGUCAAGCAAACAAAUUCUUCGAUCUUGCACUCUAAUUAAAAUCAUUAUAUUAAUAAAAUAUAAAUAAAUAAAUAUAAAGUGGUUACUGCUAAUUGCAAUGAUUAAGUCAAUGAUCUUUAAUCUGUUAUAAGCAAUGGCGAUUCUCUCUUUUGCGAUAUCGCCUGUCUCAUCCAAUCAAGGGACGAAUUUCGAAGAUAAAGCACGAAUUCAAAUUCAUUCUCAAAUUUAUCUGGACUGCUUUGUAACGCAUCGAGCCUCGUACGACGUGUCUCGAACGAUGUAAUACUAUUACACCGAUAAUAAAACUCGCAUGCUAUUUAAAAUUA